AUGGUGAUCAAGCAGAAAGAACAUGAAAUGGCCUUGAUACGUUACUCGCAACAAUCAGAUUUUCGUCGUGAUAUAAUCAAAGGGUCGAUGCGGGCUCAAAGACGUAAAACAGUCACUUGGGAAAUGUUUCAAACAGAUGUACACUCCCCCCUUUUUUUUGACAGAAUAGACAAAACACCUUUGUUUUCUUUUGAUAUCUCAAGGAUGAUGAACCUCAUUUUUAGGAAUUGGAUGGAGGAAAAAAGCCCAAAAAUACAAACAUCUGAUUAUGUGGGUGAAGGGGCAAAAGAGAAAGAGAAAAUGGAGAAAGAACACGAAGAGGAGUAUAAAAGAAAAGAGGAUAAAAGACAGGAGGAGGAACGGAUAGCAAUAGCAGAAACUUGGGAUAAUAUUAUAUUUGCUCAAGCAAUAAGGAGUUCCAUAUUAGUAACCCACUCGAUUCUUCGAAAAUACAUCAUAUUACCUUCAUUGAUAAUAGUUAAAAAUAUUGGUCGUAUGUUAUUAUUUCAAUUCCCUGAGUGGUAUGAAGAUUUGACCGAAUGGAGUAGGGAAAUGCAUGUCAAAUGCACAUAUAAUGGUGUUCAAUUAUCGGAAACAGAAUUUCCAAAAGAUUGGUUAACAGACGGUAUUCAGAUAAAAAUCCUAUUUCCUUUCUCUCUGAAACCUUGGCAUAGAAAAAAGCUACGAUCCCAUCAUAAGGAUCUAAGAAAAAAACAAAAAAAUUUCUGUUUUUUAACGAUCUGGGGGAUGGAAACAGAAGUCCCCUUUGGCUCUCCCCGAAAAAAACCUUUCUUUUUUGAACCCAUUAAUAAAACACUCGAAAAAAAAAUUAGAAAAGUCAAAAAGACAGGUUUUUUCUUUCUAAGAAUUAUAAAAGACAACAUAAAAGGUUUUCUAAAGAUUCUCAACGAAAAAAUAAGAUGGAUUAUCAAAAUAGUUCUAUUUAUAAAAAGAAAAGUGAAGAAACUCUUUUUCUUAGUGACGCGAGUCUAUGACCCAAGUCAAAAUGAAGAACCAAGUCAAAAUGAGAAAGAUUCCAAAAAAAUCAUCCAUGAAUCACCCAUUAUAAUUGUAUCCGGAGAUUGGACAAAUGAUUCACUGAUAGAAAGAAAAAUUAAUGAUCUGGCUGAUAAGACAACCAAAAUCUGGGAUCAAGUAGAAAAGAUUAGAAAAGACAAGAAAAAAAAACCUCUAACUCCAGAUAUUGAGGAUAUAGAUAUUAGUACUAACAAGGGAAAUUUUAGUAAUAAAAGAACCGAAUCACGGAAACAUAUUUUUCAAAUAUCUAAAAAAAGAAGAAGUGCCCCAUUAAUCUCUAAAUGGAACUCUUUUAUGAAAUCUUUCAUUGAAAGAAUAUACAUGGGUAUCCUUCUAUGUAUCACUAACAUUUACAGGAUCAAUGCACAAUUUUUUCUUGACUCAACAAAAAAUACUUUAAAUGGAUACACUUACAAUGACGAAAUAAAGGAAAAGGAUACUAAUGAAACGAAUCCAAAUAUAAUUCCCUUCAUUUCGACUGUAAAAUCUCUUUCUACUUAUACUACUAAUAUAAGUAGUGAUAGUAAUUCACCGAUUUACUGCGACUUAUCUUCUUUGUCUCAAGCCUAUGUGUUUUACAAAUUAUUGCAAACCCAAGUUAGUAACAAAUAUAAGUCAGAAUCCAUAUUUCAUUACUACAGAACAUAUCCUUUUAUUAAGGAUAGAAUAAAAGACUAUUUCCAUGACUAUUUCCAUACACGAGGAAUAUUUGAUUCAGAAUCAAAACACAAGAAACUGCGGAAUUCUGGAAUGAGUGAAUGGAAAAACUGGUUAAAGAGCCAUUAUCAAUACAAUUUCUCCCAUGACAAAUGGUCUAGAUUAGCACCUCUAAAAUGGAGAAAGAAAGUCAAUCAGCAUUUUACGAUUAAAAAUAACGACUCACCAAAAUUGGGUUCAUAUGAAGAAAAAGACCAAUUAAUUCAUUCCGGUAAAAAGGAUUAUUAUAAAUAUAAAUUGGACUUAUUGAAGAGUCCGAGUUGCGAAAAAAAAAUUAAAAAACACUACAGAUAUGAUCUUUUAUCAUAUAAAUAUCUUAAUUAUGAAGAUGUGAAAGACUCCAAUAUUUAUGGAUCACCAUUACAAGUAAACAGGCACGGAGAGAUUUCUAAUUACAAUACACAUAAAUACAAAUCGUUUUAUGCUACAACUAUAAAUGAUAGCCUAGAAGAUAAAUAUACAAUUGAUAGGGAUCCAAAUCUAGAUAGAAAAUAUUUGGAAUUGAGAAUCACCAAUUUUUACCCUAGAAACAAUAUUGAAACUAGGACUAGUACGGGUAUCAGAACUUUCAUUAAUAAAAAAAAGAAAACUACUAAGACUGGGACCAAUAAGAAAGAUAUUCUUUAUCUUUAUAUCAGAAUUCAUCAAGAAAUCCAAACAAAGCAAAAAGAGUUAUUUUUUGAUUGGAUGGGAAUGAAUGAACAAAUGUUAGAUCAUACUAUAUCGAAUCUGCGCCCUUGGUUCUUACCAGAAUUUGUGCCGCUUUACGAUCGAUAUAAGACUAAUCCGUGGAUCAUACCAAUCAAAUUGCUUCUAUUUGAUUUUCAUGGAAACAAAACAAGCGAUCUUUAUAUAGAUCCAAAGGUGGAAUCUAAUCAAAAAGAAAGAUUUAAUCCAAAACCAAAAGUAGAAUCUAAUCAAAAGGGAUAUCUUGAAUUAGAGAAUGGGAACCGGGACGAGAAAGAACGACAGCACCAAGGAAAUCUUAUAUCUGAUAUAAGAAACCAAAAAAAAGAUGUUGGAGCAAAUUCCGCGGGUUCAGAUAUUAAGAAACGCAGAAAGAAAAAGAAAUUCAAGAGCAAGAAGGAAGCGGAACUAGACUUAUUUUUGAAAAAAUAUUUUCUUUUUCAACUCCGAUGGGGUGAUUCUUUCAAUCAAAGAAUGACCAAUAAUAUCAAGGUAUAUUGUCUACUGCUUAGACUUAUGAAUCCGAAUGAAAUUGCUAUAUCCUCUAUUCAAAGAGGAGAAAUGGGUCUAGAUGUAAUGCUGAUUAAUAAGGAUUUGUCUCUUCCAGAAUUGAUAAAAAGGGGAAUAUUUAUUGUUGAACCGGUUCGUUUGUCUAUCAAAUGGGAUGGAAUUUCGAUUAUGUAUCAAACCAUAGCUAUUUCAUUGACCCAUAAGGUUCAGUACCAAACUAAUCGAGGAUACCAGGUAAAAAAACAUAUUGAUAAGAAUGACUUGAAUGGCUCGAUUGCACGACACGGAGGAGUGCGUGUGAAUGGGGACAAUAAUAAUUAUGAUUUGCUUGUUCCUGAACAUAUUUUAUCUCCUAGCCAUCGUAGAGAAUUGAGAAUUAUAAGCCGUUUCAAUUACCGAAAUAGGAACCUUGUGAAUAAGAAUCCAGUAUUUUGCAAUAGAGCUAAGACUAAUGCGCAGGGGUUUGAGAAAUUUGUAAAUAGGGAUAAGCAUUUUGAUACAGAUACAAAUAACUCUCUAAAAUGGAAAGUGUUUCUUUGGCCCACUCAUCGAUUAGAAGAUUUAGCCUGUAUGAAUCGUUAUUGGUUUGAUACCAAUAAUGGGAGUCGUUUCAGUAUGUCAAGGAUCCAUAUGUAUAAGCAAUUUGGAAUUCGCUGAUGUUACAAUCAAUUUCCCUCUUUAUCACGCGCCUGGUAUAUGAGAACAUGCAAAUAAAUACAUACCUUAUGUUAGACUCUGAUACACAAGAUUCAGUCAGUUAGACUCUGAUACACAAGAUUCAGUCAGUUAGACUCUGAUACACAAGAUUCAGUCACAUAUCAAUUGGACCUAGGAAUGAAUCGACAGAAUCUUUUUAGGUCCCUUUCCCUUUCAUUCUGUUUCGUGAGCCCAGGAAUAUACCAUCCCUUUGUAUCUGAAUAAAUUUAUUGUUAUUAUUUAUUCAUAUUCAUUUUGAUUUGUUUGAUAGAAAAAAGAGUAAUAUAUGAAUCAAUCCAGAUUAUUGUGUACACCAGAACAAAAUAAAUGGUAUUAUUAUUCUUGAUUGGGAAGAUUUAUAUCCGUGGGAACAAAAAGAAAAAAAGAGAAGAAUUUAUUUGUAUGGUAAAGAAUUCGCCCAUAUCCGUUAUUCCACAAGAAGAAAAAAGGGGUUCUGUUGAAUUCCAAGUAUUUAAUUUUACCAAUAAGAUAGAGAGACUUACUUCACAUUUGAAACUGCACAGAAGAGACUAUUUAUCUCAGAGGGGUCUGCGGAAAAUUCUGGGGAAACGCCAACGACUGCUGGUUUAUUUAUCAAAGAAAAAUCGAGUGCGUUAUAGGGAAUUAAUUGGUCAAUUGGGUAUUCGAGAACCAAAAACUGGUUAGUUUGGAAAUUCGUUUGAGUUAUUCGGUUCAUUAGAUCUUGAAUUUGGAUGAACCUCGUUUCAUUUUCAGGAAUUCAUGGAAUAAUGAAUUGGGAUCGGAGAAAUGGAAUAAUGAAUUGGAAUCGGAGAAUAAAAACAUAUGACUGUACCAGACGCAAGAAAAGACCUCCUCGUGGUCAAUAUGGGUCCUCACCACCCGUCAAUGCAUGGUGUUCUUCGACUCAUUGUUACUCUAGAUGGCGAAGAUGUUAUCGACUGUGAACCCAUAUUGGGUUAUUUACACAGAGGAAUGGAAAAAAUUGCGGAAAACCGAACAAUUAUACAAUAUCUACCUUAUGUAACACGUUGGGAUUAUUUAGCUACUAUGUUCACGGAGGCAAUAACCGUUAAUGCACCUGAG